AUGGGAUGUCUCGAAGCGAUAAUAACUUGGGCCUCUCCUCUGGGUCCCGGAAACAAAGCAGCGACUGCUCCCGUGAUGACGGCAGCGAACGGUAUCGACCGGUGGUACACACAAUCAGCAAGUGUUACUUGGCCCAUCGCCAUACUACGUCCCGGGCCUGAUGGAAGAUACGGCCCUCCAAAGUCGAAUGAAGGAGUCAAGGAGAAAGAGGAGAAAGUGGACGACGAAGAGGAUGAAGGAGACAAGAAGAAUGAGAAGAUGAAAGCAGUGGAAGACGAAUUUACCGAGAAGUUCAAGAUGGCAUUACGCAUUACUGCGUCAAAGUCAUCAAGGAAGCAGAUUGUACGACGAGCUGGGCAUUAUGCUUUGCAGACGACAUCCAGCGUCAAGCACAGACUGCGCCGAAAUCGAGUUGCAAUCCGCAACUCACGAAUCCCUUGGGAGUUCAUUCUCAAGGAUUGCUGCCUUGCCUCUCGUCGUUGA